CCUGCCGCCGGGAACGCACCGGUGCAUCGUGAUGGUCUGCGAGCGGGCCGAUGUCUUCGCCUCUGCCUGUGCUCUGGCCCGAGCCUUCCCGCUGUUCACCCACCGCUCCGGUGCUUCCAGGCGCACAGAGAAGAAGACGGUCACCGUGGAGUUUUUCCUGGUGGGACAAGACAAUGGGCCAGUGGAAGUGUCCACAUUGCAAUGCUUGACCAAUGCCACGGACGGCGUCCGGCUGGCAGCCCGCAUUGUGGACACACCCUGCAAUGAGAUGAACACAGACACCUUCCUUGAGGAGAUUAAGAAAGUUGGAAAAGAUCUGGGGAUCGCCCCAACCAUCAUCCGGGACGAGGAGCUGAAGACCAGAGGGUUUGGAGGAAUCUAUGGUGUUGGCAAAGCCGCCCUCCACCCCCCAGCUCUGGCCGUCCUCAGCCACACCCCCGACGGAGCCACCCAAACCAUUGCCUGGGUGGGCAAGGGGAUCGUCUACGACACCGGGGGUCUCAGCAUCAAAGGGAAGACUACCAUGCCCGGGAUGAAGAGAGACUGCGGGGGUGCUGCAGCCAUCCUAGGGGCCUUCAGGGCUGCCGUCAAGCAGGGUUUCAAAGACAACCUUCACGCGGUGUUCUGCUUGGCCGAGAACUCAGUGGGGCCCAACGCAACGAGGCCUGAUGACAUCCACCUGCUCUACUCAGGAAAGACAGUGGAAAUCAACAACACGGAUGCUGAGGGCAGGCUGGUGCUAGCGGAUGGCGUGUCCUACGCCUGCAAGGACCUGGGGGCUGACAUCAUCCUAGACAUGGCCACGCUGACUGGAGCACAGGGCAUCGCCACGGGCAAGUACCACGCUGCCGUGCUCACCAACAGCGCCGAGUGGGAGGCGGCCUGCGUGAAGUCCGGGAGGAAAUGCGGGGACCUUGUGCACCCCCUCGUCUACUGUCCCGAGCUGCACUUCAGCGAGUUCACCUCGGCCGUGGCCGACAUGAAGAACUCCGUGGCGGACCGGGACAACAGCCCCAGCUCCUGUGCCGGCCUUUUCAUUGCCUCACACAUUGGCUUCGACUGGCCUGGGGUCUGGGUCCACCUGGACAUCGCCGCGCCUGUGCACGCAGGUGAGCGCGCC